UGGGGAAAUGCUCGUAUUGCAAGAUGACAAUCAUUCCCUAGGGAAAAUUAUAUGCGAUCCUAUUCAUGGACACAUCAGGGUGCCGUCAUAUUGUUUAGAGAUCAUUGACACGCCUGAGUUUCAGCGUUUGAGAGACUUGAAGCAGCUCGGAGUCACUCAGUACAUAUUCCCAGGUGCCGUGCAUACGAGGUUCGAGCAUUGCGUCGGUGUUUCGGUGCUUGCCAAUAAACUGAUUCGACAAAUCAAGCGCCGCCAGCCAGAGCUACACAUCUCGGACCGCGACGUCCGAUGCGUGACGCUCGCCGGGCUGUGCCACGACCUCGGACACGGCCCGUUCUCGCACCUCUUCGAGACGUGGUUCCGUCGCCAAAACUUGAACUUCGACCACGAAAUCAUGUCUCUGAGGCUCCUGGAGUACCUCGUCGACGAAAACGGCAUCGACAUCGAGCGCGAGGACAUAAGGUUCAUUCAAGACUUGAUCAGGGGGCAGCCGAAGAACGCCGCGAGCAGCUCGAUGGAGGACAGGACGUGGAUUUAUCAGAUCGUGGCCAAUCGUCACAAUUCGAUCGACGUUGACAAGUGGGAUUAUCUCGCCAGAGACUGCUACUCCCUCGGCAUAAAGAGCAGCUACGACUUCUCCAGACUGAUGAAGUUCAACAAGGUCAUCAACGGAGAGAUAAGCUUUCACGCCAAAGAGGCGUACAACAUCUACGAGAUGUUUCACACGCGCUACAGCCUGUUCAAGUUGGUUUACCUUCACAGAGUGGGCAAGGCUAUCGAGUACAUGCUGUGCGACGCCUUUCAGCUAGCAGACGAGCACAUGAAAAUCAAGGAGAGAACGCAGGACAUAGCGGAGUACUCGAGACUUACCGAUGGCAUUCUGAGAGAGAUCGAGUUUUCCAAGUCUCCGAGCUUGAGGGCCUCGCGAGAGAUUAUUCGGAGGCUGAGAAAACGCGACCUAUACAAGAUGAGCUACGAGGCGCUGUUUCACGCGCAGGAGAGCGAGCUGGAAUCCAUCAAAUCGAGCGACCUGAUCGACGCGGGGCUGAACCUGCCCCCGGAUCUCCCGAGACUCAGUCCGGGAGACGUGAUCGUCGGCUCGUUCGAUUGCAACUACGCGAAGCUCGACAAAGACCCGGUCCAAUACGUCAAGUUUUACAACCGACAAACCGACAACGUCAGCUUCAGCCUCCAAAAGGAGAGGGUGUCGCUCCUCAUUCCAUACACUUUCAACGAGAAGUGCCUGAGAGUCUAUUGCACCGACGCCAGCAAGGUCUCGUCCUCUCGGUUGGCCAUGCGAGAGCUCCUGAAGUCGAAGAACAUACAGGGCCAAGUUGUACAGUAGCGCGGCAAAUAAAAGCCACAAAACGAAAAAAAAACAAACAAAAAAAAGAAAG